UCCUUGAAUGUUGCUAAGGAAUCACAUUUCAGCCUUCUCUCACACCGCACUUCACUCCACUCCAUAAUUCCUUCAUCUUUUUCCACUUGUAUUCACUAUCCUCUCCAUCCUCUAAGGUCCUGCUUCAUUACCUUCCGUUUUAAAGUAAGUCUUCAUCUCCGGUCACAAAGCGCGGAGCACAAGAUCAGAAAUCAGGCCCAAUGGGUUCGGAUCGGCGGCCGAAGAAUCCGGUUCAGAUCGCGGUGUGGUGGAUCAAGAAGCAGCCGCCUAAAGUUAAGGCGUUUUUCGGCGUGUGCCUCGGGAUUGCGGCGCUGGUGUUUCUGAGAUUCAUGGUGGUGGAUCAUGACAACCUCUUCGUUGCUGCUGAAGCUAUCCACGCCAUCGGUAUCGGCGUGCUCGUUUACAAGCUGACGCGAGAAAAGAACUGUGCAGGGUUAUCUCUCAAAUCGCAGGAGUUGACAGCGAUAUUCCUGGCCGUCCGAUUGUACUGUAGCAUGAUGAUGGAGAAGGACAUCCACACGCUGCUGGAUCUCGCGACGCUCGUGACGACAGCGUGGGUGAUCUACACCAUGCGAUUCCAGCUGCGCUCCACGCUCUCGGAAGACCUAGACAACCUCUCACACGUUUACAUUCUCGCCCCGUGCGGCAUCCUGGCCCUGCUGGUGCACCCGCGCACGUCGCACUUCAUCGUAAACCGCGUGCUGUGGGCCUUCUGCGUGUACCUGGAGGCCGUGUCCGUGCUGCCGCAGCUGCGGGUCAUGCAGAACGCCAAGCUAGUGGAGCCCUUCACGGCGCACUACGUCUUUGCUCUCGGCAUCGCACGCUUCCUCUCCUGCGCACACUGGAUUCUGCAGGUGAUGGACGGCCACAGCUUCAUCAUGACCACCAUUGGCUACGGCAUGUGGCCUGCCAUGGUGCUGCUCUCGGAGAUCGUGCAGACCUUCAUUCUCGCUGACUUCUGCUACUACUACGUCAAGAGUGUGAUGGAAGGCCAGCUCAUGGUUAGACUGCCCACAGGGGUUGUUUAAUAACCAACAAGAACACGCAAGGACCUGCCCCCAGGGGUGGUUGAAAAUCUUUCAUGAUGACAUUAUUGUGAAAUCCCUUUCUCCAAGACCACAAGCAUAAGGUUUCAUGACUGUAUGCGUCGGUGGGUUGCUGGGUUUUUCCCGGUGGGAAUUCCUUGCUGUAUGUAGGACUAAAUAUUAAACGAAUUGCAGAAAUCAACGUUAUAAGUGUUUUCGAUGUCGUUCUGUC